UAGAAACCGGAACAAUACGAUUGCACAAGUGUUUUUAAACACGGUGUUUAUCUAAUUCUGGUAUCUGGUGAAAUCGACAGCAUAUCAACAAAAACAAAAAGACACGAUGUCGAAUAGGCAAUCUUUGUUUUUACAUCAGAAAAUAACGUUAAAGUCGGAUACAAUUUGCAGAAAAUAUGUCACGUUGAAUUAAUGACAGGAUGGCAUCUGUUAGGGAGAAAUUAACGGAGGCCAUACAGUUGGGUAAAGCAGAGCAAGUGCGUGCAAUACUAGAGGAAGCAGACGCCACCUCUCUUAGAUCCGCCACUGGAGAAUCCCCUCUUCACGACGCCGUCCGUCUCGGAGCAAAACCAGCUGUGUUCAAACUAUUGUUAGAAACUACUGACAUCUCCGCCCGCGAUAUCAAUGGCCAUACAGUCACCGAUCUUGUGUUCUCCGACGAACAGCUCGAUCCAGAUUAUGAAACGAUGGUAGUAAACCACACCAAGGCGUGGAUCCUGCAGGGGCGUGUGAAAGAACUAGAAAAACUUUUGCUAUCUGGUUGGCUAUUUUGGCCUGUAACCGUUGAGCAGGCAAAAAACGUGUCCACCGAAUUAGCCGAUUUCAUCUCCAGAAUCCCCGAAUUUCAGGAAAAAGUAGGACAGUUGCACAAAGCUAUUCAGGACGAGAAUAUCCGAGAGGUCCAACAGAUACUGGACCGGAAGAAGUACAUACUAGCGGCCGACCGGACGGGACUUCCGCCUUUUCACAAAGCAGUUUUACACGGAAAUGGAGAAAUGGUCGAAUGGUUCUGUGAAGAGUUUAAAUUUGCCAUCGAACACAAAGACAGCAUGGGAAGAACGGUGCUCCAUUAUGCUGCGGGACUACCGGAUGCUGGUUAUAUCUACUCCAUGCUCAAUAACGCAGGCGCAAAUGAAGACGCGAUGGAUUUGGCUGGUCGGACACCGCGCGAUUACUAUGACAACACAGAACUUCUAGCAGUUAUGAAAAUACGCCAAAGGAUAGAGGAAAUUCUAACUACUACAAUUCCAGAACCCAAAUUAGCCGUUUCUGGUUCGCAUCAAAUGUACAUAUCCACUGGUCUGAAAACCAAACGGGUUCCACCUCCCACUACAGUAGACGGAAGAUAUGUAGCAGAACACUUAGGAACGGCCUUGACCCUAGCCUUGGCCGAGAUUGCUGAAUGUCGACCUUGGGACCCUAUAGAGUACCUAGGGCAGUGGUUAUACAAGUAUCGUGAAAACAGGAACCACAUUGACCAGCAAGAGAAACUAAUGGCGGAGAUAAGAGAAGAAGAGAAACAAAAAGCAGUGGAGGAGAAGGAGCGGGAGAAGAUUAAGGAAGAGCAGGUGGCCAUCAUGGAGGCGGAGCGAAGAGAGCGAGAGAAGGCGGAGGAAGAGAGGCGAAGGAAGGAGAAGGAGGAACUGCAAAGACAAGCGAGAGAAAUGGAUGCUCUCGCCCAGAGGCCCAACCUGGACACCGUGACGGAGGAGAGUGAGGAGGAGACUAGUGGGAAAGACAAGCAGGGACAGAGUGAAUUACACAAACUGGCAGCUCAGGAGGGAGCAGACCUGACGGCGUUGUUAAACUUAGGGUACAACCUUGCAGAAAGAGACAUCACCUGUAAAACCCCAAGAGAUAUUGCUGUAGAGAAGGGCAUUCAGGACAAUAUUGAUGCAAUAGAUAACUACUUGAGGGGACUGAUAGAGAAGGAAAAGUUCAGUUUGUUAGAACAGCUGCUAUUGGAUGGUUAUACUGAAUUCCAACCAGUCAUAGACAAACUUAGUUCUGAAGGUCAGACGGAGGAGAUCAAAAAUUUCUUACAGUCCAUUCCUGAAGUCCAGUCCAAGAUCUCCAGCAUGCUACUGGCAGCACAACAAGGCUCUCUGUCUGCAGUUCAGGAACAAUUGGACAAGAAACUAUCCAUUGUCAAAGACAACAAAGGACAGAGUCCCCUCCAUAAAGCGGUGAUGAUGCAGCAUAGGGAGGUUACUGAACACAUAGUGACAGCCUAUCCCGACACACUCAAAUGUAAAGACCAGCUGAACAGAACACCCUACCAUUAUGCCAUGGGACUGUCAAACAGUGACAUUCAAACAUUACUUUUAUCCAAAGGAGCUGACGAGAAUGCAAAGGAUGUGUAUCAGCGAGUACCCUCUUACUACAAAGAGAACCCUGCUGACAUUCUCGCAUUACCCAAUGAGAGUUCGGCUUCUACAUCUGACCCAGUAAAUUCUUCAGAGCAAGCAAGAACUGAGGGCGGAGAGGACAAGGAGGAAGAACAUGCAGCAACAACUCAGGAGGAAAAGAAGGAAGCAGAUAACGGAACAGAACAGACGGUGGAACAGACAGCGGAACAAAAGGAUAUCACAGAAAAUCCGGUUACAACAACAUCAUAAGCUGGAAACACAGGGAAUGAUCUAUUUGUGUGAAAGGGAAAAUAGUGAAUUCAGAAUGACUAUUAUAUAUAGACUUAGGGUCAAUAGCUGUAUACCCUGAUGGUUUAGUUUUCAAAAUCACAUCACUCUGUGGGAAAGCCAUGCAAUACAAGUGAUUUAUAGCUUUAAGUUUCAAAUUACAUGUAGUUUUUAAGUUUCACUUAUUUCAAUUUAAUUUAUUUGAAUAUAUGAAUUUUAUAUAUUGCAUACAAUAUAAAUGUAGUUUAUAUAUAUAUUAUUGAUUUUUUCAAUGUUCAAUGACCAUUUAAUUGUAACUAGCUCAAUUGUUUUUAAAUCUUGUUACCAUGAUUACUGUGAUUACAGGAUAUUAACUGCAUCUAACAAUGAUUUCAUGCAAAAUGUUUCUAUUCCCAUAACUCGGCUAUAGCACGUUAUAUGUUACAAAUUUUAUACAUGAAUAUAUGUUUUUUAAUGAUAUUAUUCAUAUAUGAAUUUGUAUUAAUAUACCUCAACUGUACACCAUAUGUAUUGUCUAAACCAGAGUAAGCCAAAUAACAAAACUCUGCACCAAAAAUCUGAUCCUUUGCAAUAUUUUUUUUUCCAUUCUAUGUAUUACUAAGUUUAUAUACAUUAUAAUUGUCUCAAUCGAUGUGGACAGCAGAACAUAUUUAUAGUGAAUUAACCACUUAUAACACAUUGAUUUUCACACACACACCCCCAAAUUGAGAUAACAAAAACAAAAAUUAAAUAAAAAUUACUCAAUGUGGAUAUAAUGAUUUAUGCCAAAAAUUAACCGAAAUCGACAGUCCCCGGUACUUCACUAUGACCAUGUUUUACUGUAUAAUUUUCUUCUAAUUCUUGCAUUUAAGCUUUGUACAAAGUCUCUUCUUCUAGUCAGUUAUAAUCACCUUGUUCGCUACGCAUUUAGAAUUUUACAGGUACUUGUUUGAUAUUUUGUAACCUACUUAAUUGCAGGUUACAUGUGUUCCUUUAGUUUGUUGACACAUUAAAUAUUUUAGCCUUUGUGUUUGUGUAAAGAAAACUCCAUUGGCAACAUUUUUAUAAAAUUUUGUUAUGAUAAUCAGGGUACUCUUCCCUUGUAAGGAUAGUUUCUGUUUUAUUGUAUACAGUCCUAUUUUUGCUAUAAAAGUUUAAAAUUGUGUGAACUGUAGGCAAUUAUGAAAAUUAUCUAUGGGAAAUUUUAUGUAUACAGUAUUUACUUCAUUAUUUUAAAUCUAUAAAAGAAUUUUGAAAACAUUUGUGUUAAAUGAUCUUUAAUGCAAUUUGUUUCUUGUCUUACUACAAAAUGUAAAAUGUUUUAUAUUUCAAUGACAAAAAAAUAAAAGUUUCUACAAUUA